AUGCCCACGAUCAAAGAAUCCCACCGCAAAAAGCGCGACUCGGACAAGCAUAGCGAAAAUGACAGCCGGAAGAAGCGCAAACCGAAGCGCAAAAUCUCCGACGUCGAUCUGGAGGACGAAGUUGAAGAAGCAACCCCCACAAUCCCUCCCGCCGCCGAGUCCAAGGAGGAGGAGGAUACCAAAGCUGGAUCUGCAAAGGAGGAGCCCAAGCCAGAAAAACGGAAAGAAAACAAAAAGUCCAAAAAGUCCACCGACCCAAACCCACCCACCAUUGCCGGCGAACCCGCCGAAAAGCAGGAAGAUGGAAACACGACAAAACCCGCACACCGCUUCAUAGUAUUCAUCGGAAACCUCCCCUACACCACCACCCACCCGCAGCUCCAAUCGCACUUCUCCUCCCUGCAGCCCUCGAGCAUACGGCUGAUAACUGGCAAGGCCCCGCCGCACACGUGCAAGGGCUUCGCCUUCUUGGAAUUCACUUCCUACGACCGGAUGAAGUCCUGUCUGGCAAAGUACCACCACAGCGUCUUCUUAGACAGGAAGAUUAAUGUUGAGCUUACUGCCGGUGGAGGCGGAGCAAAAAGUAAAGACCGCAGGGAAAAGCUGCGCGCAAAGAAUGGGCGGUUGAACGACCAACGGAAGAGGAGAACUGAGGAGGAGGAGAAGCUCAAAGGUGAGAAGAAAGCUAAGAGGGCUGCUGGGGGUGAAGGGGAUAAUGAAAGUGGUGUUCAUAUGAGUAGACGCGGGAACAUCAUGGCUUAG